AUGCAUUGUCAACCCGUGCAUCAGCAUCACAACCUCUACCACUCCGUGUCCAACCUUGUCAUGCCCGAAGACUCCCACCGUGACUCUUCUCAGGCCAUGUCCUACCACUUGCCGGAUCGGGUGCGAGACGACCACGAAGUACGUGCUACCAAGUAUCUGCCCUCAUUAGGGUUCACAGGUGGAUAUUCAGAUAUGAAGGAAUUAGGGUAG